AUGGCUCUCGCCGUCCGCACGCCCCGCUUCCAGCCUCGACCGGCCUCCAUUUCAGCGCCCGCACCACCCGCCUCGACCUCCCUCGCCGCCGCAAACGCGAGGCCCCGCGCCUGCGCCGGCGCCGGCGCCGCCGUCCGCGCCUCGCCCUUCACCGAGGCCACCUCCUCCUCGCGCUACCGCCGCGACGCCUGGUCCUACGCCACCGCCGAUGGCUCCUCCAACUCCGCAUCCCCGUCCUCCUCUGAUGCUGCCGCGGCCGCUGCGGCGGCGGCGGGCCACCGGGACGACGAGAUCACGCUGCAGCUGCCGGAGCUGCGGAGGCUCCUGGACGCGCUGAGGGCGUCCAGGGGCAGGGGCGCCGAGGGGGCAGACGGCGGCGGCGGGCCCGGGAGGGUGGCGCUGGUGGGUACAGGGCCCGGGGACCCCGAGCUGCUCACGCUCAAGGCGGUCCGGGCCAUCGAGGCGGCGGACCUGGUGCUCUACGACAGGCUGGUGUCUAACGACGUGUUGGACUUGGUCGGGGAGGGCGCCAGGCUGCUCUAUGUCGGCAAGACGGCGGGAUACCACAGCCGCACCCAGGAGGAGAUUCACGAGCUGCUGCUGAGCUUUGCGGAGGCUGGUGCCAAUGUUGUGCGCUUGAAAGGUGGCGAUCCUCUGGUUUUUGGAAGGGGUGGAGAAGAGAUGGAUUUCUUACAGCAACAGGGAAUCAAAGUUGAAGUUAUCCCAGGAAUUACUUCUGCUUCGGGAAUUGCAGCAGAACUAGGCAUUCCGCUAACCCAUAGAGGUGUUGCUACCAGUGUAAGAUUUUUAACUGGCCACUCCAGAAAUGGUGGGACAGAUCCACUACAUGUCGCUGGAAAUGCAGCUGAUCCAGACACUACGUUGGUUGUGUACAUGGGUUUGUCAACACUUCCAUCACUUGCUCCAAAGUUAAUGAAGCACGGCCUGCCGCCAGAUACCCCUGCUGUUGCAGUAGAGCGCGGGACUACACCUCAACAACGAACGGUGUUCGCCUUGUUAAAGGAUCUUGUGGAUGAAGUCAAGUCAGCUGAUCUAGUUUCUCCAACUCUAAUAAUUAUCGGGAAAGUGGUAUCCUUGUCGCCCUUCUGGGUUGAGUCAUCUGAACAUGAUGCACUGAAAAUUGAGAGCUCGUAUGCAAAUGAAGCCAGAUGA